AUGGCGCCUCCAAGCUCAUCCAAAGACAAGUUCUAUGAGAAGCUCAUCAACCCUUAUCUUCCGGAGGUGAUGAAACACCCUCAGGAGAUCGAGAUGCAUGAGGAGGUACUUCACAUUCGGGAUGUUCAAGGGCCUAAAAAGACCGAAAGCGAGAAGGCCAAGCCGGAAGCGGUGGAACAUGAGAUCCUCAAGUGCAAGGGGAUGGUAGAGCGUGGACUUAAUGCCAACCAGUCCAUGAUCAUGGAAUUCACCCGUGAGCACAAGAUGGACAGCAAGGAUAUUGUAAACGCCAUCCUCAAGCUCAAUGACAUAUUCGAUUUCCUUCAGGCCCAAAUCUAUGAUUUAAAAAAUCAAAACUUUGAGUAUGAGGCCAGGUUUAAAGGUAUGAGUUUAGCUGCAAAUUUCAGGACCCCGAAGACACAUUCAUCUUGUUAUGAUGGGGUGCCUAUGACUUGGAAGCCGGAGGACAAGCCACCCACCUCAUCACCGCCACGAUCACCAAAGAAGGAGACUUGA